AUGGCCACUGAUCUCAACUUUGUCACCCUCGAUGUCUUCACCACUACGCCGUUCAAGGGCAACCCCCUCGGCAUUGUCCACCUGCCUCCGGGACACCGGCUCUCUCAGACUCAGAAACAGACCAUUGCCAGAGAAUUCAACCUCUCCGAGACAGUCUUCAUACACGAUGUCGACUCUAACAACAACCCCGACCCGCACAGCCGCCACAUCGACAUUUUCAUGACGUCGAGGGAGCUCCCAUUUGCGGGCCAUCCCACAAUCGGCACGGCAAACUACCUUCAGGCCCAGGGCAUCAGCAAACUCAUUACCAAGGCCGGCCCGAUUCCUAUCCACUUCAGCUCGGAAAAAGGGAUCGUUAGUGCCGCUAUUCCGCACGACACUCAUCUCAACUCGAGGGUCCUUGGCGACAUUGAAUUGACCCUCCGUGCGGGCUGCCUGCACUCCACCCCUGAAAUCCGCUCGGCAGAACUCAAAGCCCCACUCUUCAGUAUCGUCAAUGGCAUGACAUUUGCCCUUAUCCACCUCCCAUGUCUGGACCUCUUGUCCCAGGUCUCCCCGGGCGCAUUCCCCUGCGCGCCACGGGAUGUUAUCGACGCAGGGUGGAGCGAGACAUUCCUCGCACGGUACUACUACGUUCUUACAGGGACGAGUGUGUCCAGCUCUGGUGUGAGGACGGUUAAGUUAAGGACGAGAAUGAUGGAAGACGAGAUGGAAGAUCCGGCUACAGGGUCAGCGGCGUGUGCAUUGACGAGUUAUCUUGCCCUUAUGGAGUACAGCGAGACAGAGGUUUGGUUUGAAAUCACACAGGGCGUUGAGAUGGGGCGGCAAAGUGACAUUGCGGUUGAGGUUAGGAUCGACGUUGGAGAGGAUGGGGAGAGGAAGGUGAAGGAGGUACAGCUGGGUGGAAAGGCAAGACAAAUUAUGAAGGGCACUGUUGUCGUACCCCCCGUUUAG